GUAGUCCUUAAAACUGUAGGUCAAAUUCUAUGUCAAUUGAGAGAGUUGUCAAAACCUGCUUUUUAUUCGAAAAGUAAAUCAAUAAAAGCUUGAAGAGUUUUGAACUUUGUUUGAAAUUAUUUAUUCAGAAUACUCACCAUGUCGAAAAACAGAAAUAGAGGAUAUCAAAACAAGAAACAUGGAAAAUUCAACAAUGCUUCUGUUGGGGACAAAGCUAAAGAAGUUUUAUCAAAUAUUGAUGAAAAUAACAGGGUCAUGAGAAUGUUCAAAGAUUUUUCAAAGGAACUUGAUCAAAAGCAUGAUCGAUACGAAAGAAUAGUCAAACUGAGCAGAGAUAUCACAAUUGAAAGUAAAAGAAUAAUAUUUAGUUUACAUAGCACAAAUACUGAUAUGGAUGACAAGAAACAAUCAGUUUUUGUGGAUGUAGAAACAAGAUUGAAUAACUUGAUGCAGACAAAUUUCAAGCAAAUAGCAUUGGAGCUACAUGGACUAGAUCCCUAUUUGUAUCAAAAAGCAUACACAAAUGGAAUGCAGGAGUUUAUUGAAGCUUUGGUUUUCUACCAGUACCUGAAAAAUGGUGAAAUUGAGCCUUGGGAGGUUAUAAAUCGUAAUUUUGUUUAUGAGAAUGAAGAAAAGGUAAAAAUUAUUCUCCAUUUUUCCCACUAUGAUUUCAUAUUGGGUAUAGCGGAUUUCACUGGGGAAUUGAUGAGGAGAUGUAUAAACAAUCUAGGAAUAGGGAAUGUAGAAGAUUGUUUCAAACUAUGUGAUUGUGUGAGAUAUAUAAAUGCAGGAUUUUUGGGAAUAAUUUCACCAGGACAAAAAGAAAUAGGCCGUAAGGUUUACACCCUAAAGCAGAGUUUGGCAAAAAUGGAGUUGGUUUGUUAUAAUUUGAGAAUUAGAGGAAGUGAAAUUCCAAAACAUAUGUUAGUUUCUGUUUUGGAUACACAACAAGAAAUGAAUGAUGAUGAAGAUGAAGGUUUUUAUUAAAUUGUUAAUCAUAUUCAAUAAAAAAAGUUCAAUUUA